AUAAGAUUACAAUCACAGUUAACAGCCAAAAAAUGUUUAUUUCAGGAUGAUCAUUUUGAAUUUUCUGAACCAGCAUCUGCAAAUGCUAACCAACUUUCUCAAAGUAAGAAUGGAGAAGGUGAGAGCAUGGUUCUGAAAAAGAGCAGUGUUUUGCAUAUAAUAAAUCAGCUGGAGGAAGGAGUUGGAUAUGAGAAAAUCAUGAGAGAAUUUGGAAUCACAGAACCAGUUCUGACAGCAAUUGAACAAAAUGGAAACAUUAUUGCUCAAGGGGCGCAGCGUUGUUCUUUGUGCCAUAUUCUGCUGAGUACGUAUGAUGACGUAGUUGCACAUGAAAUAGAAUGCAGCAGAACAUAUCAGCAGUUGAAAGACAUUAAUGGACUGACAAUAGAUAAAGAAGAGCAUUUUGUUGGUUUCUUACCUGAAACAGUAGACCAGCUGGUGGAUAUAAUCCUGAAACGAUACCCUAAACUGACCAGGGGUAUUGAGUGGAACAAAGUUGCUGCACAGCUCUCUCAUAUGCAAAGUGGGGUAACAGCUCUCCGCUGCAGUCAGAAGUGGCAUAACCUAAUUGCCAAAUGUCGUAGGUACCAGAGGUUAGAUGACUGGGCCAAAAAACAUAAUCAUGAUCACAACAUUCCCCCUCCAGACUACUAUGAGCGCCUCAUACCCUAUGCUGAGAGCCGUUUGAAAGUUGAGCCAAGUCAGGAAAGUAUUCAAAAGUUUCUUUGUGCUAGCCUGUAUGCUUCCCGAAAAAUUGACUUGGUUUCUGACAUAGACGGUAAAAACAGAGAUAUUAAAACUAACGCUUUUGAGGGAAAGGCGCUAUCACCCACAUGGAGUGAUGAAGAUAGCAAUUUAAGUAAUGAUCUAGGGGAGGAAUUUAAUAGCUCUGAUAUCCUUAUUUCACAUUUGGAAGAUAUUGAUAUAGAUACAAAUGAAGGUGGGAAUAUGGUUCCAGAGAUUCAAGAGGUUGUCAAUCAAUCACCAGAAACUUCUUCAGCCAAACUGUCUACUUCUGAGGAGGAUACAAAAUUAGGGUCUGUUUACAGACAUCAAAACAAAAAAAGUAAAUUUUCUAGACGGUAUAAAUGUUACGGGAAAUAUCAAGACCAUGAUUUAGGCAGAGCUCGGUCGCAGCGCAUUCAGAAGCUUGAAACAAAGCUAGAUGAUGUUUUAGGCUUGUUGGAUAACAUUGUGAAGGAGAAUCAGCGACUGACAAGAGAGGCAGAAGCAAGAGAGAAAAAUAAAGAUACUCACACAGAAGUUGCUGAGAAACUAGAAAAAUUAACGCAAGUUUUUGUCACAGUUCAUCAGCAGAAUCUGAAGCACUUCCAGUCCAUGACAAAAAUGUUGGAGCGGCACCAUCAGGAACAUCAAGCCACAAUGAGAUCUUUGAUUUCUGAAAUUAGUCACAAGCGGAAAUCUAUACUCUCUGGGAAAAAGAGAAAGAAAUAAUGCCAUUUAAAUUAGCUAGUCAUUCCUGUGAUAGUAAGUUCAGUAGUCUCCUAAUUGUCUACCUUGGGUAAUAAUUAGAGGCUGGCCCCUCUAAUGAAAAUGCUUCUUCUUUCCAUAACAUCUUAAACCAGUUCAGGCCCUCUCAUUUUCUGCUUCCAACCAGUUGUCUUCUAGGGAUCCUUUCCCAGUGGUUCCUCCCCCGUAGGGGGAUAGUGCCGUCAGUGGAUCUCAUGCAGUGCAUUGUAGGCAUUACUUAAGAUUCUUUGUAGCGUACCUUUGGCCCCUAGCUGCAACCACUUUCAUUCCUUUUACUGUACCUCCUUUCAUAUUCUCUUCUUCAUCUUACUUUCCACCCUCUCCUAACUCUUGAUUCAUAGGGCAACUGCUUAGAGGUUUUACUCCUGUUACACCUUACAAACCUUUUACUGUAAAUUUCCAUUUCAGCACUGAAUGACCUCAUAGGUCCCAGUGCUUGGCCUUUGGCCUAAAUUUUAUAUUCAACUCAACCCAGUGGUUCCUUACAGUCCAUUUAAUUAGAACCUACUCGUCCCUCCUAAAGAUUGUUGAAACAAUCAUUUAUAUAUUCAUAGACACUAGAGUAACCCUGCUCCUUAUCUUUUCAUUUCUUAUCACCCUUUGUAUGUCUUAGAUCAACCAAAGAACCUUCAUUAUUUUUUUUUCCUAUCUGAUAGAUUUCUUGCUUUGCAUUAUGAAGCCCAGACUAAUAUUUAAGUCAAAACUGGCUUUUUAGUGCUUGUGUGAACCUUUAUUCUUAGCUGUUUGCUCGUCACUCACACACUGCUAACAUCUUCACUUUUUAGGAGCUACCAAAUAAUCCUCUUUUGUGGCCUGUCUUACAGAUUUAUUUCAUUGUAAAGCCAGUAUCAGUAUUUGUCAUCACUUUCUGAGUGUGACUUUACCUCUAUCAUUCUUUGUGUUUUUAUGCCCUUUUUAACUAAAACAUCUAGGUGAGCAGUGCACAUCAUUGCAACCCUUUUGGAGCAUCAGUGAGAAGGAAUUCUCUUAAAGCCAGUGCAAGCUGUUUUCCUCACCAGCAGUGAUAUAUUUGCAAGCUGUCAGUAAUAUGAAUUGUAAUCCUUCAUUGUGAGAUGCAAAUACUUUAGUUGAGAACAAUAGAUUUUUUUACUGGUAAACAAAAUACUUCCAAUGGCAGGAAAAUUUUAUUAAUCGUUACCUCACGACUAAGAUCAGAUCAUUCUUAUGGCUAAUUUAACCAUUUUUGAGUGUGAGUGCACAUCAUAACUGUUUUCUGUGGUACAUUCUUGAAAACUUAUGGGCAUUAUAAAAAAUUCUUCUACCUUCUGUAAAUAAUAUCACGAUGUACACAUAAAUAUCUCAACAAUAUAGGACCAUAGUUAAGAACAUCAACACUGGCAGCUCGACUUAGUGUACUUUAACUUGUUAGAUAAGCCUGAAUCUGGAAGUGUACUUUAACUUGUGAGAAAAGCCUGAAUCUGGAAGUGUACUUUAACUUGUCUGAUAAGCCUGAAUCUGGAAGUGUACUUUAACUUGUGAGAAAAGCCUGAAUCUGGAAGUGUACUUUAACUUGUCAGUUAAGCCUGAGUCUGGAAGUGUACUUUAACUUGUCUGAUAAGCCUGAAUCUGGAAGUGUACUUUAACUUGCCAGAUAAGCCUGAAUCUGGAAGUGUACUUUAACUUGUCAGAGAAGCCCGAGUCUGGCAAAAAUAAAAAUAUUUUGUACUUCACUGAAUAAUAUGUUAAGCAUAGUGAAAAUCGUUGACCUCCCGUAAAUGUUCUGAGUUCAUUUGCCAAUUACAUGUUAAAUGGCAAGCUUCCAUAAGCAAUUGUAUGAUUGUCUGUCUGUUUACUAUCUCUUCCUCUUGCAUUGUGAAUCCUUUUUCUUUUUCAAGUUUUUAUAUAGUAUAGUUAAAAUUUCCUAAUAAAAUGUGAUUAAAAUAAA